UUUGAGGAUGUGGCUGUGGACUUUCCCCAGGAGGAGUGGACUUUGUUGGAUCAAACCCAGAGAGAUUUCUACAGAGAUGUGAUGUUGGAGAACUACAAGAAUCUCAUUAUACUAGGUAAUGAAUUAUGCAAACCCUGUUUCAUGUCUGGAUUGGAACAAAUGGAAGAGCUGAGGACAGGAGUGACAGGAGUUCUGCAAGAAUUGGAUUUGCAACUCAAAACCAAAGGCUCCCCACUGCUGCAAGAUAUUUCUGCAGAAAGAUCACCAAAUGGAAUACAAUUGGAGAGAAGCAAUACUGCAGAGAAACUCUAUGACUCUAACCAUUCUGGAAAAGUCUUCAGUGAACACCCAUUUCUUAUGACUCACAUGAGAACUCACAUUGGAGAGAAAACUUCUGAGGAUAGUCAGAGUGGAAAAGCCUUAAGAAAGAACUUUCCUCAUAGUUUUUACAAGAAAAGUCAUGCCGAGGGGAAAACGCCUAAGUGUGUUAAACAUGAAAAAGCCUGCAACCAGUUUCCAAAUCUUACUAGGCAGAAUAAAACUCACACACAAGAGAAAUUGUGCGAAUGCAAAGAUUGUUGGAGAACUUUUCUUAAUCAGUCAUCCCUUAAGGUACAUAUAAGAUCUCACAGUGGAGACAAACACUAUGUAUGUAAGGAAUGUGGGAAAGCCUUCAGUAAUUCCUCACACCUUAUAGGACAUGGAAGAAUUCACAGUGGAGAGAAGCCUUAUGUCUGUAAAGAAUGUGGUAAAGCUUUCACUCAAUCCACAGGACUUAAAUUACACAUCAGAACUCACACUGGAGAAAAACCAUAUAAAUGUAAAGAGUGUGGGAAAGCCUUCACCCAUUAUUCAUAUCUUACUGAUCAUACAAGAAUUCACAGUGGAAAGAAGCCAUAUGUAUGUAUGGAAUGUGGAAAAGCGUUCACUAGAUCCACAGGACUUAUUUUACACAUACGGAUUCACACUGGAGAAAAGCCAUAUGAAUGUAAGGAGUGUGGAAAAGCUUUUAUUCAUUCCUCAUGCCUUACAAAACAUGUAAGGAUUCACAGUGGAGAGAAGCCAUAUUUAUGUAAGGAAUGUGGGAAAGCUUUUACUCGUUCCUCAGGACUUGUUUUACACAUGAGAACACAUACUGGAGAAAAGCCCUAUGACUGUAAAGAAUGUGGGAAACCCUUUAAUAAUUCCUCAAUGCUUAGUCAACAUGUAAGGAUUCACACUGGAGAGAAGCCGUUUGAAUGCAAAGAAUGUGGGAAAGCUUUUGCUCAAUCCUCGGGCCUUAGUACCCAUUUAAGAACUCACACUGGAGAAAAGGCCUAUGAAUGUAAGGAAUGCGGUAAAGCAUUCGCUUGUUCCAAAAAUCUUAAUAUGCACAUGCGAAAGCACACAGGAGAAAAGCCUUAUGCAUGUAGAGAAUGUGGGAAGGCCUUCAAGUAUUCCACAUGCCUUAAUGUUCACAUGCGAACUCACUCUGGAGCAAAACCAUAUGAAUGUAAGAAAUGUGGGAAAAACUUCACUCAAUCUUCAGCACUUGCUAAACAUCUAAGAACUAAGGCAUGUGAAAAAACCUGAAGUGUUCCUCAGAUCUUAGUAUUUACAUCUAAACUCAUCUGGAAAAAAAUCAUAUGAAGGUAAAGAAUAUGGACAACCUUUACUGAAUUUCCAUUUCUUAUAUAAUAGGAAUGAAUUUUAUAUGGACACAAGUCCCAGUGAUAUAAGGAAUAGGCAAGAGUAGUAAUUCUUCACACCUUAUAAAGUGUAAGAACUCAACUUUGGGAGAAAAAUCUGGUUCUAAGACGUGGUAAAGCCUUUG